AUGUUUGUCGACUCGGAGGCUAUGAGAGUUGGCAACCGCGAAGGCCUUGGCUUGAUGGAGCAAAUGGCCAAAAUUAGCAGCGAUUUGAGAGCCCAAAAGAAGAUUAACAAGGAACAAAAAUUGACCAACGAGCGACUAGACAUGGUCAACGGACAACAAAAACUGACCAAUGAGGAACAAAAACUGGUCAACGAACAACAAAAAUUGACCAACGAGGAACAAAAACUGAGAUGGUGCAUGGUGGUUUACACAGAAAUCGAGCAGAAGGCUCAUCCUCAAACAGAGGAGGCGAUUUUAGCUCGCAGAGAAAGAAAUCAGAUCAUUCAUGGAGGAAACAUCAUUGACCAUCUUGAGUAUAUUGGAUUCGGGAAGAACAAAAUCCCCCCCGGGCGACAUGAUUCCGUACGAAAAGCAUUCGAAAUUUGGUACGAGGUACCGUUUCGAUAUAAAGAACGGAUCGACCAUGCCCCGGAGCUCGUCGUUAGGACCUUCAACCGUCUCGCCGACACGAAAUCUCUACGGGUAUGGUCAAAUGCUCCAACUGUCCACGAAGUACAGAAGAUUUGCCGUGGUAUUAUCAGCCGGUGGCUUGAAUGGGUUGAUGCAGGUGAAGGCGAAUAUCCCGAUGCCUAUAUUAGGCGCGAGUUUGAGAAGCUUGAGAGUCUCAAGUCAGGCUAG